UGCUACUGCUUACCGGCCGUUCGUCCUCUGAAGCGCGGGUCCUGGAAGGCCCGGGGGAUCCCGGACAAGCCCCCAAAAUGUUGUACCCGGAUCGCGGAAUCCCACCAAACACCACAGGAGCCGCGGAUUGAUGCAAAAGCGCGCUCAAGGAGACUCAGGUGAGGUAACACUAGUUGUCAAAACAAGGAAGCGCCGGCCACCCACGCAGCGCCCAGUUUGGCGUCGAAGGCGGAGAGCUUCCGGGGGCGGGGCCGGCCGUCCCCGUCUCUUCCUGCGCCUGCGCCUGCGCCUGCGCCGGAAAUAAACACCUCCCGACCGAGCAGGGGCAAAGAAUCGCCGGAACUCCGCGCUCCCGAUUUCUGCUUCCGGGUCAGAGGCAUGGCGGUGGCAAAUUCAAGCCCUGUCAAUCCCGUGGUAUUCUUUGAUGUCAGCAUUGGCGGCCAGGUGAGGUCUUGGCAGCCAGCCAGCCCGAUGCCAAAGGGAACGUGCACGCGGUCUGGCAGGCAGAUCUCACCUCCUCAGGAAGUUGGUCGUAUGAAGAUUGAGCUCUUUGCAGACGUUGUGCCUAAGACGGCGGAGAAUUUUAGAAAAGAUGGGGUUCCGAUAGGAUACAAGGGGAGCACCUUCCACAGGGUCAUAAAAGAUUUCAUGAUUCAGGGUGGAGAUUUUGUUAAUGGAGAUGGUACCGGAGUUGCCAGUAUCUACCGGGGGCCAUUCGCAGAUGAAAAUUUUAAGCUUAGACACUCAGCUCCAGGCCUUCUUUCCAUGGCAAACAGCGGUCCCAGCACAAAUGGCUGCCAGUUUUUCAUCACCUGCUCUAAGUGUGAUUGGCUAGAUGGGAAGCACGUGGUGUUUGGAAAAAUCAUUGAUGGACUUUUGGUGAUGAGAAAGAUUGAGAAUGUUCCCACAGGCCCCAACAAUAAACCCAAGCUGCCUGUGGUGAUCUCACAGUGUGGGGAGAUGUAGUCCAGAGGGAGACUGAAUCAGACCCUCCACCUCUGCCACUGCAGGCCUUCCCUUGCUCGAUGGGAUACUCUUGAGUAAGAUAACCUGGAUUGGCCCCUGUGUUGGCUUCCCUGCUGGCUGCUGCCCCAUUUGAUCAAGAAAGAGACCUUGGAAGCAUCACAGAUUCAAAACCCAAAAUUUUGUGUUUAAGUUUUAAACUGUAAAUAAAGUUUUUUUUUCUU